CGAGAAUAAGACCAGCCGUUGCUGCUGGUUGUAACUUAGCGAGGUUGCAAUAAAAGUUUCUGAGUGUCAGAGAAAGAGAGAGAGUGAGAAAUUGAGAGAGAGAGAUUCAAUGGAAUCAACACCAACAGCGCAGCAGCCGAAGAAGAGAGGAAGGCCAAAGGGUUCGAAGAGCAAGGAGGAGAGAGAGACGCCGUCUUCUGUUAAGAGCAGUUCUGUUGUGAAGAUGCGAGGCACGGCUGAGAAGAAAGUGGUGGGUGCUGGUGUGGAUGAUAAGUAUACUCAGUGGAAGAGCCUUGUUCCCGUUCUUUAUGACUGGUUUGCUAACCACAAUCUCAUCUGGCCCUCUCUUUCUUGCCGGUGGGGUCCUCUGCUUGAGGAAGCAAACCAAAAGAAUCGACAACGCAUUUACCUCUCCGAACAGACUGAUGGCAGUGUACCAAAUACACUGGUUAUUGCAAACUGUGAUGUAGUUAAAAAAAGGGUCGCAGCAGGGGACCACAUUGCUAAUUUCAAUGAGGAAUCACGCUCGCCGUUCGUGAAGAAGUACAAAACUAUAAUACAUCCCGGAGAGGUGAACAGAAUAAGAGAGUUUCCUCAGUACAACAGCAUUGUGGCAACACAUACAGACUGUCCGGAGGUUCUCAUAUGGGAUAUUGAGGCUCAACCGAACCGCCAUGCAGUCUUUGGAGCUGCUGAAUCUCGCCCAGAUUUGGUACUGACUGGGCACGAGGAUAAUGCAGAAUAUGCCCUUGCGAUGUCUCCUACUGAGCCAUAUGUGCUCUCUGGAGGGAAAGACAAAAAUGUAAUCUUGUGGAGUUUGCAAGAUCAUAUAGCUGCAGCUUCUGGCGGGUCGAUUAUUAAAGCUGCUGAAAACCCUUCUAUCGCUCCUCGCGGGAUAUUUAAAGGCCACGAGGAUACUGUUGAAGACGUGCAAUUUUGCCCAUCUAGUGCACAGGAAUUUUGCAGCGUUGGAGAUGAUUCAUGUCUGAUACUUUGGGAUGCUCGAACUGGUUCCAACCCUGUAAUCAAGGUUGAAAAGGCUCACAAUGCUGAUGUUCACUGUGUUGAUUGGAAUCCUCUUGAUAUAAACCUUAUUUUAACUGGGUCUGCAGAUCAUUCUGUUUGCAUGUUUGAUCGCCGAAAUUUAAGUUCUCCUGUUCAUAAAUUUGAAGAUCACAAAGCAGCUGUUCUCUGUGUUCAGUGGUGCCCAGACAAGUCAUCUGUAUUUGGAAGCUCUGCGGAGGAUGGUUCUCUGAACAUCUGGGAUUAUGAGAGGAUUGGGAAAAAGGAACUAGGGACCAGAUCGCCUAAUUGUCCUCCAGGGUUAUUUUUCAAGCAUGCAGGACACAGAGAUAAAGUUGUUGACUUCCAUUGGAAUGCGUCGGACCCAUGGACAGUCGUCAGUGUAUCUGACGACGUUGACACCUCUAAUGGAGGUGGUACACUACAGAUAUGGCGCAUGAGUGACUUGAUUUACAGACCAGAGGAGGAGGUUCUGGCUGAGCUUGAGCAGUAUAAAGCUCAUGUGGUGGAGUGUACUUCCAAGUCCCCUAAAAUUUGAUGUAGCUAAUUUAGCUUUAGACUCUGUUAUUGCAUUAGUUUAUGGAGAUGUAGGGAAGAAUGAGCUGGUAAGUGACUGCUGGUUUUUGAUAUCGCAAUUUGAAUGUUGAGCACUGUGAUAAUGGGUGGAAUUUGAAUGUGUAGUGCAUGGUUAUUUAUGUUAAGAUUUCGAGAUACA